AUCGCUUCGCUUUCGUUCGAACACAGGUCGGCCCAGCCCUCCACAUCGAUCGCAUCGCGUCCAUCCUCGUCGCCGUCUCCCUCCGCGCCUCCGGGCGCAUGCCAAAACCUUCGCCUCCGCCAUUCUCUCACUCCUACCCACCCACCCGGCUCUUCCCUCCAUUCUGCCAUGGGCGACCACCGCGCCACGGCGAAGGUCCGCGUGAACGGCGCUCCGGCCGAAGCGACGCUCGUCUGCACCGAGCCGCCCGGUGCAGGCGAAGGCGAAGGCGGACCGGAGCUCCGGUGGCGGUGCGAUGGCGGCGCCUUGGCGGAGCGCGCGCUGUCGCUUGACGCGGACGUGCUCGGGGUCGAGGCCAGGGGUAAGGAGGUGGUCGUGAAGGCCUUCGUCGCGGCGGACGCGGCCAGGUCGGUGUCCUGCGCCGCGGGUGCGAGGAGGGGAGGAGGAGGACGGAAGCGGUGCAGGAGGGAUUACGUGUUCGAGAUGGCCGCCGGCGAGGACGCCGCCGCCGCGGCCUGGGGCGACAUGAUGAGGCGUUCCCUGGACUCUCUCGGCCGGCCGAAGAGAUUGUUUGUCUUGGUCAAUCCCUUCGGCGGCAAAAAAUGCGCAAAGAAGAUCUACGAGGCAGAGAUCAAGCCCCUGUUCGAGGCUGCCGGUGUCAACGUCACGAUGCAAGAGACACAGUACCAGGGGCAUGCUCGGGAGGUGGCAUCUUCUCUUGACCUCGCGCGAUACGAUGGCAUCGUCUGUGUCAGUGGUGAUGGUGUGCUUGUGGAGGUAGUGAAUGGAAUUCUACAACGAAUAGAUUGGGAGGAGGCGAUAAAGAUACCGAUUGGGGUGGUGCCAGCAGGUACGGGAAAUGGGAUGGCUAAAUCGCUGCUGCAUUCUGCCAGUGAGACGUACUCGGUUCCAAAUGCAGUUGUUGCCAUUAUCAGAGGUCACAGGCAGUCCUUGGAUGUAUGCACCAUUCUGCAGGGGACCAAGAAAUUCUUCAGUGUCUUGAACCUGACUUGGGGUUUGGUGGCUGAUAUAGAUAUCGAGUCUGAGAAGUGCAGGUGGAUGGGAAGUGCACGCUUUGAUGUUUAUGCUUUGGUUCGCAUAAUGAACUUGAGAAAAUAUUACGGAAGUAUUCGGUUCGUUCCUGCCCCAGGCUAUGAGGCAUAUGGGGAUCCCGUCAAGCAAUUCGAGAAUUGCACUGGAGAGUGCCAGCAACAGAAUGGAAAGCCUGCGUGUUCUUACCAAGGUCCUUCAGUUGAGUUUCAAGGUUCAGAAUGGAGAUCCCUUGAUGGUCCAUUUGUGUCUGUUUGGAUCAGCAACGUGCCAUGGGCUGCUGAGAGUAUCAUGGCGGCUCCUGGGGCCAAGUUCUCAGAUGGCUACAUGGAUGCAGCUAUACUCAGAGAUUGUCCAAAGGCUGAUCUUUUGGCCCUAUUGAUGAAGAUGAGCGAUGGGACUUAUGUAAAAUCACCAUAUGUUACCUACCUCAAGGUGAGAUGUUUCCGGUUAUCACCAGGACAGCUUGUGGAGAAUCCAAAACGGGGUGGCAUCAUAGACGUGGACGGCGAGGUGAUCGCUAGAGGGGAAGGAACGUACGGCAAAAACCAGAAUCAGGGCGUGAUGGGUUAUGGCCCUUCCAUUCAGAUGACAGUGCACCGAGCCCUGGCCACCGUGUAUUAUCCGAAAUGACCCUCCCCUUUUAUCUCCUCUCCAAACUGGAGUAUUUGUUUGUACUAAUUGCUUCGUUCUUUGUUUCAAGGCUUGGCAAUGUUUAUCUGUGUUGGAAUGAAAUGUUUCAAAAAGAGAAAAAUGCUGAUACUCCUUCGCAUGAGACGACUUACUCCUUAGCUGUGUUGCAAUCUUUGAAGCACUUGCUGUGUUGGCUAGUGCCACAGUUUGAUUAAUUAGUGGGCCGGUUUCGAA